UUCUUUUGUCGCAUUGCGGCCAGACUGAGGAGGCGAAGAAGAAGAGGAAGAAGGAGAAGGACGAAGGAAAGGGGAGCGAGAAGGGUAUCUCCUUGUUCCUCUCCCUCAAUCCACCACCUUGCCCUAGGGGUUUCGCUUUCUUUUGAUUCCCUUCCGGCCAAUUUAAUCGCCCCCUUCCCCUUCCUCCAUUCGAUGCUCUCCGAUGCUCCCCUCUGCGCGAUCCGUCGUUUUCUACGCCGUCCUUGCCAUCGGGUUCCUCGUCUCCGGCGUGUUGACGCCCGUGGUGCUUGAUCCGUCUGCUUCUCCUUAUCCCGGGCUUUCUUUUCCUGUUGCGUCUACUGGUGAGAUCUCCGCUGCAGAAAAAUGGAGCGGUCGGCUCUUGUCGACCGAUUUGGUACCUGUCGAGAAGUCUCCCCCUGGUGUUUUAAGAGCCGGAUCGAGAUCUCUCAUGAGUUUGGAUGAAAAUAAGCAUGGGAGGUUCUUUUUGGCUUUGCCAAAUGGCACUAUUUAUUUUAUGAAUAAAUCUACAAAACCUCAGUGGAAGCUUUUGAUAGGUCAGCCACUUUCAUAUUCAUGGCGAACUCCUUCAAUUAAUGAUCCUGAUUAUAUUGUGUUUUCUGAUAGCGAAGGGGAACUCUAUGAAUAUAGCAAGGUUGCUGGCAUAAAGAAACAUGACUGGACAGUUGAGGAAUAUGUCCAGAAAGCACCUGUUGUUAAAGGAUCAGUUAUUACCACUGGGACAAAGACAUCAACUUUUUAUGUUGUUGAUGCUGAUAGUGGAGAGUUAAUAUAUCAUGAUAAGGAGCCUUUUAGUUGGGCAACUGUGGGGAUGCCUACGGCUGAAGAGCAGUACAUUUCAUCCAAGCUGGAAUCUGGCAAUGCUACUUGUAUAACCAUUAUAAGAACAGAUUAUUUUCUGGAUAGCUAUGAUUUAAAUAAUCACUUAUGGAGUGUGAUGAUUUCUCGUAUCAGUGCUCAUAAUGUUGGGCCUGGAUUGCCACCUGCCAGGAAUGAGGAGAUGGGAAUACCAUCCAUGUCCGGAAGAAAUAUUCCUGUCUACUUUACUAGUGAGGCCGGACAACCACCUAAGCUGAAGGCUAUGCUCCCCCCCUCAUGUUAUGAAUCACACAAUGGGAUGAGGUCUGGCCAAGGUGACAGGCAAUCAUAUGAAUGUCAAUCUGCUAAUAACUGUUCCUUAGAAAUUUGUAUCAGUUCCAAUAGGGAUACUGACCAGAUGUUCGAGAGACUAGAUGAUGGGCUUAUUUCUUUAUAUGUAUCACAAGUCUUACGUACUGUUCCAAGUGGAUGCCAGCCAGGAAACUGCAUUUCUGCUAGACCAAAAUUUCAUACUACACAUUCUAAUUUCGUUAACUCAGAAACAAGACCCAGAGGUAACAUGAAAUUGCCUAAUCAUGGACAGGAAAUUUCUAAUGCAUCCCAUAACUCAUUGGAUGGCCAGAUUAAUCAUUCAGUGGAUGAACAUUCUGAUGCUCAGCAGACCAAUGUGUUGUCACUGCAAUCUAUUUAUGAAGGUUAUGGUUGGCUUUUGAUUAUAACUUUGCCUAUAUUCUUUGUGCUCUGCUAUCUUUGGUUGAGAAAGCUAUUCAAGUAUGAUAAAGAAUGCAAUGAUUUGAAGGAACGACAAUCUGUGCUUGCUAAAAAGAGGAAAUCUCGGAAGGCUCCAAACAUGAAAAAUGUUGCCAUCAGUGGUAAUCAUGACAGUCAUUUGUUAUCUAUGAGAGAGAACACCAAAACUAAUGGACAUAAUCAAAAUGGAAGCUCAUUUAUGAAACUGAAUGAUGAUAGUGAUGGACGUUGGAUUGGAAGACUCUUUGUAUCAAAUUCUGAAAUCGGUCAUGGGAGCAAUGGUACAGUUGUUUUUGAAGGAUUUUAUGAUGCUCGUCCUGUCGCUGUCAAACGGCUUCUUCGUGCGCAUCAUGAUGUGGCCUGUAAAGAGAUUCAGAAUCUUAUUGCAUCUGAUCGGCACCCCAAUAUUGUUCGGUGGUAUGGAGUAGAACAAGAUUUAGAUUUUGUCUAUAUCUCACUGGAGCGAUGUAUAUGCAGUUUAAGUGACCUAAUACACAUAUGCUCAGAUUCUUCAUAUUCAGUAUCUGUGGAAAAUCCAAUAUCAGACUCAUCUAUUGAGCACAAAUUUCAAUUAGGCAUGGUGAAAAAUAUUGGAAAGGAUGUUAACUUGUGGAGACCAAAUGGUCUUCCAUCAAUUCAACUCUUAAAACUAAUGAGAGAUAUAGUUUCUGGCGUUGCACAUCUACAUGAACUUGGAAUCAUACAUCGGGAUCUAAAGCCUCAAAAUGUGCUAAUAAGCAAUGACAGAUAUCUUUAUGCCAAACUUUCUGAUAUGGGUAUAAGCAAACGCCUCCUUGAAGACAUGUCUUCUUUGAGUUGUAAUGCAACUGGAUAUGGUAGCUCUGGUUGGCAAGCACCUGAGCAAAUUCUUCAUGAACGCCAAACACGAGCUGUGGAUUUAUUCAGUUUGGGUUGCAUACUAUUCUUUUGUAUUACCAAGGGGAAACAUCCAUUUGGCAAAUUCUUUGAACGAGAUGCAAACAUUAUUAACAAUUGCAUGGACCUUUUCUUGGUGGAUCAUAUACCAGAAGCUGAGCAUCUACUUUGCCAAUUGUUGCAACCUGACCCAAAGAUGAGGCCAAAUGCAGUAGAAGUAUUGCAUCAACCACUUUUUUGGAGUUCUGAGACACGGCUUUCAUUUUUACGAGAUGUAAGCGAUCGAGUUGAAUUGGAAGACAGAGGAUCAGAUAUUUUAAAAGCGUUAGAAAAUAUUGCACCUCUUGCAUUUGGUGGGAAAUGGGAUGAAAAGUUAGAUGCUGCAUUCAUUACAGACAUGGGUCGUUAUAGAAAAUAUCGUUUUAAUUGCGUUCGUGACCUCCUACGAGUAAUAAGAAACAAGUUAAAUCAUUAUAGGGAACUUCCAAAAGAACUCCAGGAAACACUUGGACCUGUUCCUGAAGGAUUUGAUAUGUACUUUAGAAGUCUAUUCCCAAAGCUUCUGAUCGAAGUCUACAAAGUGGUUUGCCGAUACUGUAAGGAAGAGGACUCUCUUGGCAAAUAUUUUAGAAGCAGUCUUUUAUAGUGUUGUCAGGUCUACUACUCCGGAAUCUCGAUGCAACCGAUUGACUUGACAAAGCUGAUCAUUGUUGUAAAUAACUUCAUGUUUUAAAACUAAUAUGAAUUAAGUCUGUUCUGUACCUUAUUAUACAACAAAAAGACCUCACCCUGUAUAUGCCCCUCUGAAGUUGUAAACUUGUAAUCACCAUGUUCUAUAAUCCAAUGCAUACUGGUUUAGUAA